GCCUCUGGCGAUCGGGACCGGCCAGGAGAGGCUGGAGCCGGGGGAGGAGCGCGCGGCGCUGCGGGCCGCGACCGAGGCCCUCUUCCAGGCCGCGCGCGCUGGGCUCCUGCGCCGGAUCCUGGACACGUUCACAGACACCCGCAGCCCUCUCCGAAGGCUGGUCCAGGCCGCCCUGGCGACUCCCACAGGCAGGACCCUGAGCGACCCGGAGGCCUCGCGGCGGAGCCUCCAGCUUCUCCUCGCUGCAUUCCAAGACCAGGCCGAGCAGAUGCUCCGCGUGGCCCAGCUCGUCUUGGUUUGCUGCCCUGGACAUCAAACAGGCGGAGACAUGGAGGCCGCCAUGGCAGGCGUCUGGGGGCUUGUGGUCAGAGUGCAGCAGCUUUUCUCACACAGCUGCCAAGGGUCUGGGCGGGACUGGAGCCCCGCUGUCCUGCAGGCCCUGCUUCAGGCCUGGGUCUGGGCAUCUGAACGCCUGUUGGCAUGUUUUGAUGAUGUUCUCGACGUUCGUGAAUUCCUCGGGGUGUCCAUUCAGGAUAUGAUCAAGCACUUGGACCUGUUUACGUGGGCUUUGAGGAGUGGAGAGCCCGGAGAGCUUUCCAGAUCUGUGGCCUGUUUACAGGGUCGAGCCACACACAUAGUACAGGUAAUGAGCAGGUAUGUGGGCCAAAACCGAGACCCCAUCUUCCGGAAUGGCCUGCGAGUCUUGAUAUGGCAGCUCGAGCAGUCUGCUUCCGCCCUGGGUACGGCUGCAGAACACAGUUCAGGUGGGUACAGCUCUCAGGACGCGGAUGUGUUUUUAACCAUGGCAAAACAUCUCAUCUAUUCAGCUCAGCAAGUGCAAGAGGGGCUCAGUGGGACCAACCACCCAGACAUCCUCAGUCCCCUUCGACUCCAGGUCCAAAGGUUUGACAUUGCUAAGGGCUGGCCACAUUUCAUUCCCUCUGGCCUUCAGGACCCCACACUUCCUGAACUGAAAUAUCAGAAGGUACCUGAGUUAGGGGAACGUGAUCAAGGCAUAUCCUGUCCAGCAAUGGAACGUCUUUCCCACCCCUGGAUUCCUGACAUCCACGCACAGAGGAGAGACCCUCCAUGCCCCACCACCAGCAAAGCCAUUCUUUCUGUGGAGAGCCAGAAUCACCAAGCAGCAGCCUCAGCUUACACCCACGUGCUGGAGCAGGAUGUUGCUGUGGAUGCAGCUCAAGAGGCCCCAGCUGGAGAGGAACCACUGGAGUCAGAGAGGACAACAGGACUCCAAGAAAUAAUGUUGGCACCUUCCGUCAUUGACCUAGCAAAGGAGUUAGCCCACAGAAUAACUGGUAGACAUAAUAGGCUUCUCGAAGUGACUCUCCAGCUACCUGAAAGGACCAGGGAAAGCAAGCAGGUUUUGGUAGCCUUGGCUGGUGACUGGUAUCUGCUGUGUCAACAACUCUUUUGCCACAACUCAACAACUGGUCUACCAGAGAACAUGGCAGUGUUCAUGGAGCUCCAGCAGAAUUUAGCCUUAAUAGUUCAACUAGCAGCUAAAAAUGAACCCACAGAUUUGGAUAAGAGGAACCCUGACUCAACAGGGCAUCCAGAAAUGCUUUUACAAAUGCGAGGUAGAUUGGAAGAGACAGAGAUCCAUGCUAAACAGCUAUUGGACAAAGUUCUGGCCUCUGAUGGUCUCCAAGCCCCCAAGUCAUGGGAAGAGAACCUUGAGGAUGGGUGCCUCCUAUGGUCAGUGGCUGUCCAAGACCUGAUCCAGUGCAUGGAGAGGUUCAGCAGGAGACAAAGUCUGUUCCUAUUGCCCCUGCGACAGGCAGUGAAGGACCAGCAGGGGUUGCAGGAAGGGUUGGACCAGAUAGCAGAUGUUUCUCAAAGGCUGCAGGAGGCUGCCAGGCUGUCCGGCCUUCUAUGUGGGGAUGAGCAGGUAAAGGGUGAGGUCUCCUUUCUGUGCAGGGAAGUUCUUGUGCUCAGAGAUGCUCUGCUGGACGUGGCACAGAUCCUGGUUUCCUCUCCCAGACCAUCUCCCAGCUUGUCCACACGCUUUGACCUUCUCUGUUUGGAGCUCACCCUUCGAGCCAAGGCCCUAACGGGCCACCUCAGCACCAUAAAUGCAGGCUAUGAACGUGCCUUCCACGAUGCUGUCUGCCCAAGGUUCUCUGUGAGCAAGAACCCCCAGAGCAGGACAGAAAGGUCCUUGGAAAGAAUCGUGUCUGGGAUCCAAGCUGUACGGGGAAUCAUAGCAAGAGGUCAAGAGUCUGGGCCCUGCCAGGAAGAUCUUCUUGUGGCUCUGGAGAGCAUUCUUUUCCUCACCAAGGAAGUGGCCCAGAGAGUUCCUGGGCUUCAAGAACAUGCAGAGGAGCGGGGAUUGCACAUGCUGGGUUGGCUUCAGUGGGAGUGGGCAGCCAAGGCCCACUAUGCAGUGGCCCAGCUCCAGGCCUGGAAAGGUGGUCACCCCAAGGCCUGGAGAUUCCUGGCCCAGUGCUUGAAACACACAGAAGGGCCAGUAAUGGUCCCGGAACAGGAUCCCAUCUGGAUCCAGCUCCACUGUGAAGAGGGUACAGCAGGAGCGUCUGUAGGGGACGGGGUGGAUUCUCAGCACGAUGCUUCCAGAGGCACUCCAGGGAGCUCAGUGGGGGCCUGCCCUGAUGAUCCAGCCAUCACUGGGACCUCCACAGCAGACAGGGGCAUGGGCCUUCUAACACACACUUACUGCCAGGAUUCACUGACGUGCAUUACUUCUGUCGGUUCCAUGAACUCUCUAUGGUGCAUCUCCUCUAGCUGCAGAGCAGGGUGACGCUGGCUGCC